CUCUUUGCCAACUUGGGCUGGGUUUCGUUGCAGAGUAUUACACGGAGCCAUCAAGUGUGUAUCAGAAUGGCAGUGGAUGUGGUGCAAAGCUAAUGUUUGCAGAGAUUCCAUCAUCAGUUUGUCACUGGUUUACUCCUGAUCCUUUAAAUGCACUAGUUGACAGCCAGCAUUGAUGCUAAGAACAUUAUUUGAGAGUAAUAAUCCUUUUCAACAACUUUAACUUUGGGGAAAGAAUGAAAACCUUUAGAGCUCGGCCCUGACCCAAGAUAUUUUGGACCUCGGUUCUGCAGAUUUGGAUGUAAAGAUGAAGCUGCCACUGUCGGCUGCACUGCUUGCCCUGUUUCUGGUGCAGGUAAUGCAGGCACUGCCCCACUUCUACCACAGAGGCUGGCUCAGGCUGCUGAAGGAAGGGGAUGGUUGCGGACUUUGCCAGCCUCACCUGUGCCCGCUGCCAACGGGCUGUGUGGCGGGCACAGUGUUGGAUGAAUGUGGCUGUUGCACUGAGUGCGCUAACGUGGAGGGGCAGAUCUGCGACUUGGACAACACCAACCACUUCUACGGGAAGUGUGGAGAAGAUCUAGACUGCCUGCUGGACACGGAAGAUGUUGGCUUCGGAGAGAUUCCCGAGCCCCAGUGUGUAUGCCGGUCGCAGGGUAGCCUAUGCGGAACAAACGGAAAGACAUAUAACAAUAUCUGCCGAUUUAAGGAAACGUUUUACACAGAGAGGAACGGAAACCUCAGCAUCGAGCACACGGGUCCCUGUGAGACAGCUCCCUGGAUCUCUUCGCCCCCUCGUGAUGUGCAGAAUUUCACUGGCAAUGACAUUGUGUUUGGCUGUGAGGUGUCUGCCUAUCCCGUGGCACUGGUGGAAUGGAAAAAGAAAGGAAUUGAUAACUCGCUCCCUGGAGAUGAUUCACACAUAUCAAUCCAGGCAAGAGGUGGGCCUCAGCGUUAUGGUAUCACAGGUUGGCUGCAGAUUCAAGGGGUGAAGAAAUCUGAUGAAGGAACCUAUAUCUGCUACACAAAGAACCAGUAUGGAGAAGCAUUUGCUUCUGCAAGUUUGAGUGUCUACGAUUUGGAUUCGCCAUUUGCAAUGAGAAUGAGUUUUCAUAACAAAGCUACAAAUGAAGAUGAAGAAGAUGAUGAUGAAGAUGAGGAUUAUGAGAUCUCUGGCGACUACAAUUACUGAAAUACAUAUUAUCUAACAGUGCCUUGGUAAUACCAGUGGAGUAUUAUACAAUCUGUAACCAGUUAGCAAUAGUGCAUUGUCUUCAAACACUGAGUUGUAUCAAGUUAAGGUACUGGCUCUUAAUAAAAUCUGUGGGAAGUUGUUGCCUAGAAUUUUGAACAGCAUUUAGUCCAUUUUGACAUUGCGAUCGUUAACUGAUGGUUAAUUUUCAGUAGUUUGCUCAACUUUGCUUAUUCUCUUCUAGUGAUUGUUCCCAUAGCUUUACAGUGCUGUGCCUAUAGCAGUUCAGCAAGUCCUAAUUAAAGUGCAGAAUAACAACAAUAUGAAUAAUGAAUAAGAAGUGACCUUGAGCCUAUCACCUACAAAGAACCAUUUGCCCCACAUGGACAAUAUCUCAACUAUUUCCUGAGUGAAGAUUCUUCAUCAUGUCUAUCUUUUCUUUUAGCUCUACUCGUCAUUGUUGUAUAAAUGUCUUCAAUAGACAGUAUCUGUCCAUUCUUUGCCUUCACCCUCCCCCAGAAACCUAGGAACCACUUUGAGCUAUGAAAUACUGGAUUGUCUCCAUCUGUGCCUGUCCCUUUUUCCUGCCAAUUUUUCUCUUCCAAUUUUCUGUGUUCUUUUGGAGGUUCUGACUAAUUCUUCUUCAACUGGGAUAUACCAAAUCCAUACCAAAUCCCUUGACACCUUACCAAAUAUAAGUAUCCAAAAAUGCUCCUUGACAGUGAAUUGGCAGGUUAUUUGACCAUGAGAUGCUUCACAGUCAAACCCAAUAUUGUCCUAAACCGAUAUCAACAUGUGUACCUUAUAGCCUUUUAGGGAGGUCAAUGAUUAGUUAUUAAAACCGGAGAACACUUAAUUAAUUUUCCUCUCUCUAUCCCAAGGUUACCAAAGCCAAUUGUAGCCCUAGCUGUUGUCCUAAUUAAGAUUAUAUAAUCAAGUACUUGAUGUGUACUUUUUGGGGUUAGGGUAUCGUCAAGACCUGCAUUCAGCGCCUUUACCACUACUCGUAUUAAUCACCUCCUAACUCGUAAUGUCGCCCCCCCACCCCCAUUAUUGCAGCACUUACCGACUGCCUUAAUUUACGCAAGUAGAUUAUUGAUUAAAUUGGAUCUUCUAUGAUUUAUACAAUUUGCCUGCAACUCUGACUUCAUUAACUCUGUAAGUCAUAUUAAGUGUUAUGGUCCCGACUGAUAUGACUUACGUGAGUUUUGUAAAUGUAAUUGAGUACGGUUUGGGUUUAUUUUCUGCACUAGAAAUUUUAUUACAAUUUAUAUUUUUCAAUUCAAAAUGUACAGAGAAUUUAAUCUGCACAAAUCCUGUCCUGUUCUUGGUUAGAUUUGUUAACAUGACAAUUAAUCCAGCACUACAUAAAUUGGACCCGGUUUAGGACUGCUGGGACGGUCAGUUUAGAGGGAGCUUUAAUCUGUUUUAUCCAUGCUGGAUAAAAAAAAUCUUUUAGUUUAAAGUAGGAUCUCCUUAGAAUUGAGUUGGUUCCAAGGUGACAUGUCAAUCACUGGAAGAUUAGAAUGGAGCAAGUCUUCUGUGGAGUUUUUACUACUUGAGCUAGGUAGAUCAGUAGUAAUCUAACGUUGAGUGAUAACAGACAAUCAGUCUGAUUAGUUAAGAGGAUUUCCAGUAGAACAAACCCUCAAGGCUUGGAUUCUUCCCAGCCACCUCCUGCUAACUCUGAAAAGUCAAAGCCCUAACGGGUAGCGUAACCGUUGCUAGAGAAACAGCAAGAAGCUUUCCUCUGUUUCCAAGCAAUAUGGUAUUAGCUGGUAAUCUCCACAAGUACCUGGAGCCUGCAAAGAUCAGGUGUUGCCUUUUUAUACCAAAACUCUUGAGGAUUAGGUAAGGAGGGUAUGAGAGAGUAUGCACUCCAUACCAGACAGAUAGAAACCAAAGAAAUGUGGACACUCAAUUAUCUAUUUUGAGAAUUAUUUAGCAUGGUGAUGGGUUUUCUGCAGGAGGAAAAUCUGUCUGAUCAAAUAUAAUUGUCUUCACAAUCAACUUCACAAGUAAAAUAAUUCACCAUAAAGGUUUUUUUUCAAAGUAAUUGUUCCAAAUGUUAUGAACAGAAUACAUAAAUAAUUAAAAUAUCAUACCAUUCUUGAAACUGAUCUUAAUUUGUGGCUUUCUUUAAUUCUUUACCCACCAGUCAGUUAUAUUAGUAGGGAGAUUUAUUCCAGGUCAUCUGACUAUAUAAUGUAAAUUUGAGAAUUGCUGACAAUCUUAUCAUUUUUAGCAAACAAUUCAGGGGGACGUUGAGAAGUAAUUUCUUCAUUCAAACCUUUUUAAACAUUUCUGGGUAGAGUCUAGAUUUAGUCUAUUAAUGGUGAUUUUUUGCAUGUACAGAAAUUGUAGUUUUUAAAACAGUCUUCAAAAUUAAAGAUUGCGUUUGAGAUGGAAAUUCUGAACACUCUGAAAUGCUAAAUUAAUAGAUAGAGCAAAUCUAGACCCAGGUGGAAAUUUGCUGCAUUCAUUUCCUAAUUAGGAAGCAUUUGAUAACUGCCACUGCUCACACUCCACUUGUCUACCAUUCUCUCAGCCAGCUGUGGCCUUCUACACUUCCACUGUCCCCUCUGCUCCAUCAUCACCAGCUGUACUUGGAGUCACUACACCCCAAACUCUUCAACUCCCUGCCUCAAUCACUCUGUGGGGACUUAUGGCAAAUACAGUAAACCUCACGUAUGUCGUAUCAAUUCGGACUGUACAGUUAAAAUGACUUAUGCAAAGUAUGAGUUAUAUCAAACUUACAUAUGUCAUAUAUAUGAUUUAUGUAAAGUUAUGUAUAAGUCAGAUUUUAUAUGACUAACAUGUAACCUAUACAGCACACAAUACUGAUUUGGCUGGUGAUGUUAAGGCAAGGUUUCUGUACCAAGUUUAACACAUGCAUAUUAAGCAAUGGUAGCCCAUUCUUUCCAUAUACACUACUACAGAGUACUCUAUCUCAUCUGCAGAAAAUAUGUACAAGCAGGGUGGUCCAAUCUUUUGGCUACUGAGAGCCAGACACCAUGUUUGAGAACGACAAAAAGCUGUCCUCACUUUCCUUCAUCUGCUUUCUCUCGCUCGCUGUUUCUCUCUAUGAAUUAUAUAUAGAUCAGAUUAUGCAAGGUUUAAACUGGUUGAAACCGAAGGCAACAAGAGAUGGGCAAAAUACUCUAAUCCCAUUUCUUGCUUUUUUCUAUCCCCAUUUAGAUUAUUGCUCUUCAGUACUUAUCUAAUUUCCUUUUAAAUGUUGAAUGGUAUUACUUUAAGGAUUAUAACUUUCAAGAUGUCUCCAAUUUACCACAGUUAUUAUAAAUGUGCCAAUGAAGAUUAAAUGAUAACCAUUUUGCGUUAUAUGCUUAAUAAAAAUUAAAAAAAAGCUUGCAUUUGAUAGAACACCUUAUCACAUGAAACUAUCUCACAGAAUGGCACAUAAUACAUUGCUUUUACAAGUAAUUACUAUUAUGUAGGCAAAUCAGGCAUCUGAUGUCUCAUAAACAUGUGAUUAACGGCCAAUUUGUUUGAGUAAAUUGGAGUGAGGGAAGAAUACCGGUCAGGACUACUCUGUGCUCCUUUGCCAACUCAUCCAUUGGGAUUGUUCACCUCCAUCUCAAAAGGAUUUAGAUUUAAGGACAGCACCACCAUUAAUUCAGUAUUCCCUCGGAUUUGAGUUCAAACCCAGGGCUCUAACAUGCAAUCCUGUUACCCAAAGGUAAGAAUGCUACCAACUCUGCCAAACUGAGAUUAUAGAAUUGACUGGACACCUACGUUGUCUUACAUAUACAUAAAGCAUCUUAACAUUUAAUCUUUUCCUGCUGUGUACAUAGUGUCAAAACAUCUCCCUCUAAAUAUUUUUCAGAAUGUUAAAAAUAUUAACCGUAGUUUUUUAAGAUAUACUCUGAAUCAUAUUUAAUUGGGGUUAUUAAUCACUGAUAUUUUGCAAAUAUAUUGCAAAGAAUUUGGAAAUGCUCCUUCAUGAUUAUUACAAGUAUCUUGAUAGCCAGUUUAAAGAUAUAUAUGUUAGAUAAAAACAUAUUGAAGUGAGUGGGUUAUGCUAUUUGUUGUGCUGACACAUUUUAAAUCAUCAUGAUUGAUGGCAGCAUUGAUGGCAACAUUCAACAGAAAAUAUAGUGCAAAGAUUUGAAAGCAAUUCCUCUUCCCACCAUACAAUUAUGGAUAAAACAACAUUUAAUAGUUGUUUUUAUCAUUUUGUUGUUAGUUAACAUAUUGCAAAAUAUUCUUCAGAUCUACCACUUCCCAUUGUGUGUUUCUUUUCUAACUACCUUAAAUGGUAUGUUUGAAAACUUAGCACUGGUUGGAAAGUUUAUUGUGUUGGUUGCAAGAACCCAUUCUUAGUGUAUAAAUUUACAAUUACAUUUUUGCUGCGCUAAAAUCUUGAAAAAAAUAUUUUGUAUAUAUUGCAGAAUACUUUGAUUGUUUUAAGUAAAUAAAUGGAAACAAAGCAGAUUUGAAAGUUUAUUGGUUUGGGGAAUGUAUGUUGCAUUUUUGCUAUUGAGCAACAUUUCCACCUGUACUUAUCACUUAUUGCUGUGCUAACAUCAAUAAAAAGGUC